AUGAACCAAAAUACGUACCAAGCCGACGGCGGUGCCAACAUGUCAGUUGAUGACCGUGCAAUGGCCGCACCAAGGGAUUUGCAAGAGGGUGGACUGGUACAGCUUUUAAGGAAGUGCUCCUCCUGGAUGUUAAUUCAGAAUACGGCGGUUGAUCUCGCCGAGGAUCUCAUCAUGCCUGUCAAGUCUGAAAAAGAGGUUGACUCCGACGCUAUUGCCGGACAUAUCACUCGAUCACCAUUAAUUUACUCGUUCUACCACUACCCGGGAUCUGACUCUGUGAUCUUUAUAUCCACUCCCUCUUCUGACCUAUCGGUCAAAAUGCGCAUAGCCCAUAUUAGGGUGCGGAAUGAGGCAAUGGCAGCCGGCGAGAAGGGGGGACUCACAAUUGCCAAGAAGGUAUAUUGCCCUCUAUCUUGCACUUCAUAA